AUGGCUCCCAUUCGCACCGCUAUCGUCGGCCUCUCAUCCUCCGCAAAGACAAGCUGGGCCUCCAACGCACACCUCCCCUACCUUCUAUCUCCUCUAGGCCGUUCAAAGUAUCAAAUCGUCGCUCUCCAGAACAGCAGCGUCGAAGCAGCCAGGAAGGCAAUCACGUACUAUAAACUCCCCUCUGAGACGAAAGCUUAUGGCACAUCCGAAGAUCUCGCCGCUGAUAAAGACAUUGAUCUCGUCGUUGUGGCUACACGAGUGGACGUCCAUCACUCAAGCGCUCUCCCGGUCGUAAAAUCUGGCAAGGCAGUUUUCGUUGAGUGGCCCUUGGCGCAGGAUGUUGAGCAUGCGAAGGAGCUUGUAGAUGUGGCCAAGGAGAACAACGUCAAGACUCUUGUUGGGCUUCAGGGACGUCUUGCACCACCCGUUGUCAAGAUUCGUGAGCUUUUGAGUGAGGGACGUAUUGGAAAGGUUCUUAGCAGUGAGCUUCAUGCUGCUGGAGGAACGAAUGAUAGGGAUAUUCUGCCGUCAACAUUACAGUACUUUACUCAACGGGCUAUAGGUGGAAAUACCUUUACCAUUGGGUUGGCACACAUAUUCGAUUCCUUCCAGUCCAUCAUUGGGGAUGUCACAGAUAUCAAGAGCCGUCUUUACUCUCAAAGACCCAACGUCCGAAUCCGUGAUGCCACGACGAACGAGAUCGUCGAUAGAGUUGCAACCGACGUCCCAGAUAUCACCUUUGCAACAGGAACCCUCAAGGAAUCCCCAACCGUCCAAAAAGGCGCUGCCGUAUCAAUCCGCUUCCGUCGUGGCCAGCCCUUCCCCGGUGAACCACCUCUGACCAUCACCAUCAAUGGCGAAAAGGGCGAGAUUAGACUCCGAGGCUUUGGAGGUACUGCUCUAAACGCAUCAGGUUAUUCCAAGCCUGUAACCAUUGAAGUUCAUGAUUUUGAAACAGACACUGUUGAUGAGGUGCAAUGGAAGUGGCAUGACUGGCAGGAGGGGAACGAUAUCCCGAUUAUUGGGAGGAGUAUUGCGGCGAUCUACGAACAGUUUGCCAAUGGCGGAGAGGAAUUGGUUUCAUUCAGCGAGGCUUUAAGGAGACAUGAGCAGCUCGAGGGUAUGCUCAAACAGUGGGAUGCUGACAAGCCUCAGUAA